AUGGCAAUUUUGCUAGUCAACAUAACCGAGAAAGGGCGAAAGAGAUUAUGCGAUGUGCUGUUGACUUUGCACUGGUUGUGCGCAAUGUGCGGGAUGUCAAUCAUCGUGGUGGGACUCUACAUCAGAAUCCGUAUAGCGGCCAAGGCGAAUCUCGUGGAGGGAUACAACGGCAACAUUCUGCCUCUUAUGCUUAUCUUUGUCGGUGCCUGCUCCGCAGUCAUUGACCUGGCUGGAGGAAAGCUAUGUAAUAGUGUUGGAGACGUUUCCAGAAGACGGACUCUAAAACGUCUCCUUCUACCCUACCUCCUUCUCCUUGUCUGCUUGAAUGUCUGCAUCUUCAUAUCGGCUUGUACAUGCUUCGCCACUCGACGUCAACUCCACCACUCCUUUACUGCAGGCCUAGGCAAAGCCAUGGACAACUACAAGACUAACGGCACAGCGAAGGCAGAGAUCGACCGCUUACAGAUUGAGUUCGAGUGUUGUGGAAACAGCGGCUACGAAGAUUGGUUCGAUUUACAAUGGAUUUCUAACGAUUUCUUGGACAUGGAAAACAGCAACGUACAAAGCAAAAUUAGCGACGGGAAGUACCUGAACGACGACGUCCCGUACAGUUGCUGCAGUUCUAAUUCAGCCCGUCCCUGCAUCCACCAUCACGUUCAUGACAAUGAACAACACUUCAAAUACGACUACCGCACUGGACUUACUCUCCACAGAAGAGGCUGCAAGACCGCCCUCAUGGACUAUUUCAAUGUCAGGCUGAAUCGAAUUGGUUUGAUGAUCAUGCUGAUAUUCCUGAUUCAGACGAUAAUUUUCCUGCUACUUCGCUAUCUCCAAACGUCCAUCAGUAACGCCUUCGACAUGGAUGAUCCAGAGGAGACGGCCCCUGGGUGGAUACUAGACAAACUUCCCUUCUCCGACACUAAAAGUUCCAAACCAAAAAAGAAAAAGCCCAAGAAAAAAGACGAUGUAGAGGAUCAGGAUACUGAGAGUGAUGGAGAGAGUUUCGGUAUCGAAUACUCACCGCAGGGACCAGACUGGAAUGAAGAGAAGAGACCCCUCGUUCAGAAGGAACCCCCAGGUGGGGGUGGAGCACCCCGAGGUGGGGGUGGAGGUGGAGGCAGAAGUCGGAAGGCUAGAGAUGAAGAUGAUAAUGAACCCGUCUAUCAAAAUGUACCAGGAGGGCAAGGAUUCGGAGGGCUAGAAGAUUUUGAUUUGGAUGAUGUGAUGGGUGAUGUUGAACUCCCAGAACUCCCAGAAUUUGGGAGCAAGAAGAAGGGGGAUAAGAAUUCAAAGUCCGACAAGAAUUCAAAGUCGGACAAAACCAAGUCAGAUAAGAAUUCGAAGUCGGACAAGAAUUCGAAGUCAGGUAAGAAUUCGAAGUCAGACAAGGGAUCAGCUAAGAAAUCUGGAGGGUCGGCGCAGAAAUCUCCCGCAUCAACAAAGAAGUCUCCCGGAUCAACAAAGAAAUCUGCAGGAUCAACUAAGAAAUCUCCAGGAUCUGCUAAGAAAUCUCCAGGAUCAGCUAAGAAAUCUGCAGGAUCAACUAAGAAAUCUCCAGGAUCUGCUAAGAAAUCUCCAGGAUCAGCUAAGAAAUCGACAGGAGCAAAGAAGAAAUCUCCGGGUGGAAAGAAGAAAUCUCCGGGUGGAAAGAAGAAAUCUCCGGGUGGAAAGAAGAAAUCUCCGGGUGGAAAGAAGAAAUCUCCGGGUGGAAAGAAGAAAUCUCCGGGUGGAAAGAAGAAACCCCCGGGUGGAAAGAAGAAACCAAAGGGGAAGAAGAUGAAGAAUAAGAACAAUAACAUUGAAGACGAUGAUUCCGUGUACUGGAGCGACUCAUCAUCAAAUGACUCGGACUACUCCGGAUCUGAUUGCUCGCUGACUCCACUGCUCAGCCUUUCCAAUAACCGGAACGAGGUGAUGUAUGAUUCGAAGUUAUCCUCGGUAAAACGGUGGUCCAGAAGGUUCCGGAUACCAGAAACGGCUUACAUUGAAAUGGAGGGUUGA